GGAGAUAGUGGAGAAAUGAACAUGGGGAAAUAAUUAAUGAGUGAUGGAGAAGGGAAGUGGGUGACUGAGGAGAACCUAGACGGCUAGACGGCAAAACCGUAGACCCGGUCAGUCCCACUUUCCUAAUCCCAUCCCCAUCCUCUUCCCCAAUUAGACGUUCCCUUCUCCAGUCAAAAGUCAAAAUCAAAGCGCGUUCAACCUCACCCUCUCUACACCGAACGCCCACCCUCUGUCUCUCUCUCUCUCUCUCUCUCUCUCUCCUACUCUGUAAAGCAAUGUCUCCUUCUUCCCCCCUUUCCAAGCAACAUCUUCACCUUCGUUUUCCCUCUCCGUAUAAAACUCCACCCUCCCUCACUCCCACACUUCCUCAUCCUUCCUCCCGAAUACCUGCUUUUCUCUCUGCGUGUAAAUCGGUGAGUGGUGGGUGUUGUUUUGAUCGAUCUGCUGAGAGAUCUACGUAAACAAGACGAGGCGAUCAUGUUCAUCGACGAUCCGAAUCCGAGUCCGAGUGCAGAAUCGAUCGUCAUACGGGAAGUAUGGUCCGAGAAUCUUGAUGCGGAGUUCGAGUUAAUCGGAGAUCUGAUCGACCGGUACCCGUACAUCUCCAUGGACACGGAGUUUCCGGGCGUCGUGUUCCGUCCGAGCGAGGGUCGCCAUGGAUCGUACAUCCGCAGUCGCCGGCCCUCCGAUCACUACCGGAUCUUGAAAUCCAACGUCGAUGCGCUGAACCUCAUCCAGGUGGGGCUCACUUUGUCCGACGCCGACGGGAACCUUCCGGAUCUGGGCAACGGCCGCCGGUACAUAUGGGAGUUCAACUUCAGCGACUUCGACGUGGCGCGUGACGAGCACGCUCCCGACUCGGUCGAGUUGCUGAGGCGGCAGGGUGUGGAUUUCGAGCGGAACAGGACGGAGGGGGUAGACUCGGCCCGGUUCGCCGAGCUGAUGAUGUCGUCGGGGUUGGUUUGCAACGACUCGGUGAGCUGGGUGACGUUUCACAGCGCGUACGAUUUUGGGUACCUGGUGAAAAUCCUCACGCGCCGGAACUUGCCCAACGGGCUGGAUGAAUUCUUGAGAACCUUGAGGGUGUUUUUCGGAACGAAAGUGUACGACGUGAAGCACCUGAUGCGGUUCUGCGAGAGCUUGUACGGGGGGUUGGACCGGGUGGCGAGGACGCUGGAGGUGGACCGGGCGGUGGGGAAGUGCCACCAGGCCGGUUCGGACAGCUUGCUGACUUGGCACGCGUUUCAGAAGAUGAGAGACGUCUACUUCGUGAAAGAUGGAGCGGAGAAGCACGCCGGCGUGUUGUAUGGGCUAGAGGUCUUCGGCUAAAUUUGUAAUUCAAUUCUAAAAUUGUAAAUUAGUUGGAGAAAGAAAUUAGUCAAUAAUUUUAAGAAAUUUUAUUCUUUCUAUUAA